GAUCCAUACUGCGCCGCGCCGACGUAAGGCAUCUCGCAAAGACAUCAACGACGCGACACCUCAAUCUUUCCAGCGCAACCCUCGCCGAACCGACGUUUACACCCUUGAGAUCGAUAGCACACACUGUAGGAAACCGGCGCCAUGGGUGCUUUGCUUUCGUUGCCGCUGAUGGCGGUGCCGAGCAUGGGCACGCUCAUCGGCUUCGCUGCCAGUUGCUGCGGUGCAGCAACUUGCUCUGCAGUCUGCAGCGCCUGUGGGAAGUGCGGCAACAGUGUCGCCACCCGCAUCGGCUACGCAGUCAUGCUCCUCGUCAACUCGAUCCUGUCAUGGAUCAUGCUCACCCCGUGGGCUAUCAAGAAGCUGGAACAUCUUAUGCUCGACUACGUCAAAAUUGACUGUCCCAACGGCCAAUGCUACGGGUGGAUGGCGGUCCACCGCUUCAACUUCGCUCUCGGUCUCUUCCAUCUCAUACUCGCCGGGCUUCUGUUCGGUGUAACAUCUUCCAAGAACCCUCGCGCCGCUAUUCAGAAUGGCUACUGGGGACCCAAAGUCAUCGUGUGGCUUGCCUUCAUCGUCCUCUCCUUCUUGAUUCCCGACGAAUUCUUCCAGUUCUACGGCGCCUAUAUUGCCCGAUUCGGCGGCAUGUUGUUCCUCAUCCUCGGCCUUAUCUUGCUUGUUGAUCUCGCCCAUAACUGGGCCGAGUAUUGUCUCGAACAGAUUGAAGAGACCGACUCCAAGGUUUGGCGGACGGUUCUCAUCGGUUCUACGUUGGGCAUGUAUCUUGCUUCACUCGCCAUGACCAUCGUCCAGUACAUCUUCUUCGCCGGAUCCGGUUGCUCCAUGAACCAAGCAGCGAUUACGAUCAACCUCCUGCUGUGGAUUGGAAUUUCUUUCAUCUCGGUCCAUCCCACCAUUCAGGAAUACAACCCCAAGGCUGGUCUUGCCCAGGGUGCCAUGGUCGCCGUAUACUGCACCUACCUCACCAUGUCCGCUGUUUCGAUGGAACCCGAUGACAAGCAAUGCAACCCCCUGAUCCGCGCUCAGGGAACCCGCACCACAUCCAUUGUGAUUGGCGCCGUCGUCACCAUGCUCACAAUUGCGUACACUACGACACGGGCGGCGACUCAGAGCCUUGGACUUGGUUCUUCCGGCGGCAUCCGUCUCCCAGAGGAAGAUGAGCACGAUCUCGUCACCCACCAGCCCAGCGCCCAGAAACAAAUGCGGGCGGAGGCAUUACGUCGUGCCGUUGAGGAGGGAAGCUUGCCGGCGGAUGCUCUCUUGUCCGACGACGAGAGCGAGGCUGGCGGCAGUCGUGUCCACGGUGACGACGAGCGCUCGCAGACGCAGUACAGCUACACCGUCUUCCACAUCAUCUUCUUCUUGGCCACGGCGUGGAUUGCGACAUUGCUUACCCAGAGCUACGACGACCAAAAUGCCGAUGGCAACUUUGCUCCUGUCGGCCGGUCUUACUGGGCCAGUUGGGUGAAGAUUGUGAGCGCUUGGGUUUGCUACGCCAUGUAUGCUUGGACACUGGUGGCUCCAGUCGUCCUCCCAGACCGCUUCGACUUUUCCUAGAUAUCUGUAUAAAUAGUAUUGGGUGGUUUCUCAGUCUUGUCAGAGCGGAACGAUUUUGGGUUGCAUAGUCUAAGAGGCAAUAGUGAAUAGUUAGUUGAAUGGCAU